AUGAAGACCAUAUUCUCUAUACUGCUUUUAACUCUUCCUCUCCUGCUCAUCGUAAAUGGAUUUCAUCCAGAAUGUAAAUUGCAAAUAGAGCUAAAAGAUGAAGAAAGAAAAAAAUGCACGGAAAAGCUGAUCAGGCAGAGGACAGCCGGGUUUAGAGGAUGUUUGGGUGUUUGGGAUAAUAUAACAUGCUGGGACCAAGCUAAAUUUGGAGAAAAACCGUCACUCAGUCUUGCCCUUUAGUGCUACGGCAUUUCUUCAGCAAAGAUGGAAAUAUUAGCAGAACCUGCACAACAAAAGGAUGGACUGAUCCAUUUCCAGAUAUUGUUGAUGCCUGUGGGCACAAUGAGAAUGUCUCACAAGAUCCUGAGCUGUCUUUUUAUAUCAUAGUGAAAGCUAUCUAUACAUUUGGUCACAGUGCUUCACUCAUAGCGCUCACAAUAGGAAGUGCAAUUCUUUGUUUAUUCCGAAAGCUGCAUUGUACCAGGAACUACAUUCAUUUGAAUUUGUUCCUCUCAUUUAUGUUAAAAGCUAUUUCUGUAUUAGUGAAGGAUGAUUUUCUAUACUCCAGUUCACAUUCUUGUCCCGACUCUCUGGUUGGCUGCAAGAUUAUUUUAGUGUUUGUUCAUUAUUGUGUGACUGCAAAUUUCUACUGGUUACUGGUAGAAGGACUUUACCUACAUACACUUCUUGUGGUGAUCUUCUCUCCAAACAGACAUUUUACUAUAUAUCUGUUUAUUGGAUGGGGUAUUCCCACCAUAUGUAUUAUUGUAUGGAUUGUGACAAGAAUUUAUUUAGAGGACACUGGAUGCUGGGAUACCAACGAGCACAGCAUUCCAUGGUGGGUUAUAAGGAUACCGAUAAUCAUUUCAAUCAUUGUAAACUUCUGUCUAUUUAUUAAUAUCAUUCGAAUCUUACUGCAGAAGCUAAGAUCUCCUGACGUGGGGGGCAAUGACCAAUCCCAGUUUAAGAGACUCACAAAAUCCACCCUUCUGCUUAUACCAUUGUUUGGAGUCCACUACAUGGUGUUCACUGUUUUUCAGAUGCCCAGUUUCAGUGAAUGUCAGAUAUGGUUCGAGCUUUGUGUUGGGUCAUUUCAGGGGCUGGUUGUGGCCAUUCUGUACUGCUUUUUAAACACAGAAGUCCAAGGAGAGUUAAAGAGAAAAUGGGGAAGUUUUUAUCUGAACCAGUACCUAAGCCGAGACUAUCGUCUACACAGCUUAUCAAUUUCACGAAAUGGCUCAGAGUGUGUUCCACAAUUUCACCGAAACUCAAGAGCACCAUCCAUCAUGCAAACUGAAACUUCCAUCAUAUAA